CUUUGCGGGUCAGUAAACACCAACGGUAGGGGCUGGCAGCUUAAAACAUUAUUGUCCACUCAGCAUCCGUCCACUGAAAUAGGAGCAGCUGGGAACUGAAGAGGCUACCAUGUGUCACGCAAUGAAGUCGACAUUUCUUUUCAUCCUGCUGGCUUCUGUCUUGGUCUGCAACUUCAUGACCGUCUGCAGAGGACAGAGCAUCUCUGCUGAGGAGGAGCCCGACCAGAGGACUAUGGACGAUUUGCUUCACCAUAGUGCAGAGAGCCUCCUACUGCGCUCCAUACUGAGAAAGAUGCAAGGAGAAGACCACAGAAGUGCGGGACUUAUUUCUCAGCCAGAGUGGGUGACAAAGCGGCAACAUCCAGGCAAAAGGUACGGCGAGGAUUUGGAGAAGGAAGACGACGGGGAUGAAGAGUACUGGUUGGGUGUUGACAAGAGACAACACCCGGGCAAACGCGAGGAAGUCACGCACUCGCUCAUGGAGCUGCAAAAAAGGCAACACCCAGGAAGGCGCUCCACUACGGGACACCUUUCUGACCACCCCGUCAUCGUCGUGGGUGGACUUUCCAAACGACAGCACCCGGGCAAGCGCUACUUGGUGGUGCGCAGCCGGCGGCAGCACCCUGGUAAGCGGCAGGAAGAGGAGGAAGAGGGGGAUGAGGAGGAGGAGGAGGAGGACCUCCCCGAGGUGGACAAGCGCCAGCACCCCGGGAAACGCUUUUGGGAUCAUUCGGAUCCAGAUUUGUCCGCAGUCAGUCCGUGUGAAGACGUUUUGGACCUCAACAGAUGCGCCAGGACGAAUCUGCUGCUCGAUUUUUUAGACAAGAUCCGAGUGAAGCACGCCGAGGAGAAGAGACAACACCCGGGGAAAAGGUUUGCACCUGAGAGGGAUUUAGUGGACGCAGAGUAGAGUCGUCACAUUCAUGCUGCAGAUCAUGUCAACUCAUUAAUAUGUACCCCAAUAAUUAUCACAAUUAAAAAUGAGAACUGAUUUUUCUUUUGUGAUAUUGUUUUAUUUUUUAAUGAUGUGUGUUUAAUCAUGUAUUUUUUUUGGAGAACUUAGAAGUGUAAAUUAAAGAGUGAGUGCAGGGUGGAUGCGCAAUAAAGGAAUUGUCAUCAUUAUCAACUUUUAGGUAUCAAAUGUAGUUCACUAUAGGCCACGUGUCGACUGGGAGUGUCUCUGUGAGGCAUCACUGUUGGAAUAGAUCAGGGGUGUCAAAUGUAGGAUGAGUUUGCUAAGUAUAAAAAUGAGCCAGCCGAAAUUUUUUAAUGAAAGAAACUGCUGUUCUAAAUGUGUCCACUAGAUGUCGCAAUAGCAAUUAUGUGUAUCUUUGUAGAUUAUGCUACAUAUGUUAAAAAAAACAAAAAAAACACAUGAUGUUAGUGCACCAGUCGAGGAAAAUGAGCAAACUACAUUAAUAACAUCCUGUAAUUGGAUUUUCAUAUAAUUUUUUUAUCUUGACAGAUUGAUAAUUAACAACGAGUUGACUGAUGAACAUUAUCACAUAAUUUAUUCAGAACGUAUAAAUAACGACAAAUAAAGAUAGAAUACUCUUAACCGCAACAUGUAAGUGUAAAAAAACAAAAAACAACAUUAUAAUUUGUACAUUUUCAGAAUGUACUUGUUCUAUUUCUAAACAAAGAAAACAAUCUGAAGUUGUCUUUAUUUUUAAGUUAUCGUGCCAUGUUUUACCAGUCCGGUAGAUUUUUCUCCAUGCGGGCCCCGAUCUAAAAUGAGUUUGACACGCCUGGAAUAGAUGGAUUAAGAAAUGGAAGUGAUCAUAUACUGUACAGUAUUUACACUAAAGUUAUGCCAAGGAAAGUCUUUGCUUUUGAUUUAUUGUCUAUUUGUAAUUGUAAAUGCUAAUAAAUACGAUGCAAGUUUAAUUUAACUUCAUUGCCUACUUCA